CUACAUCUCUCCCUCUCUAUAUAUAGGGGAGGCCAUGGAAGAAGUGACUUGUACCUCUCUAGGACCAAAAAUCACAUUUAUUUAUUUUCUUAGAUUUUUUUACUUUAUUUGUUUUGUUUUGAUUUCUGAGGACAUGACCCUGGAUAGAAAGUUGUGGAGGUCGAGCAUUAUGGUUGUAGGUUAGGAGAUAGGAGGCUAGUAUGAUACUGUUUUGUUUUAGGCUGCUAGUGACGCCAGUUGUGUUCUUAAUACUUCGUUAAGGUUGUAGGUUAGGCUGUAGAAUGUUUAGUGGCCCUUGUUGUGUCCAUAUUAUUCCUUUGCGUCUGUAGUACCGUCCAUUUAUUACUGCUUAGUGUUGUUACUUUUCUCUUUAUUUUCUGGUUAUUGCGUUGCUGGUGUUAUCCUUCUGGAUUCCUUUGUUGUUACUGAUACAUUGUCUCUUUCCUUCUUCUUGUGUCGAGGAUCUAUCGGAAACAACCUGAAAUAAGGUAUGCGUACACAUUACUCUCUCUAAACCCCACUUGUACGAUAUCAGUUGGGUGUUUGUUGUCAGUUGGGUGUUUGUUGUUGUUGCUUUAACAAGCCUAAAAGUUAUGUCUCUUUAUAUCAAUUAAUGAAAGAAAUGCUUUAACAAGCCUAAAAGUUAUGUCUCUUUAUAUCAAUUAAUGAAAGAAAGAGUAAAUUUAAUAGCUGUUACCGUUAACAAAUACAGUUGUGCAUUAAUUAUUAUUUUAAUAAAGGUUACGCACCACGUCUGAUAAAAAAGUACAGGCGUCGAACAAUGACUCUCUCUUUUUAGAACGGGUGAUUGUGUCAUAUCAUAUUUUUGACAUUCUUCAUAGUUUUUUUCUUGACACAAGGAUUUGUUCAUUGGACAAUGGUGAUUGCGGUUGCUACAUAUGGUGGUGGCAAAAUAGUUAAAAGAAAAUAGUUAUCCACUCAUAUUAUCUAUUAAAAAAUCGAUUGGAUAAUAGCGUCAAAAUAUUUUGCAAAAUAGCGUACUUGCACUCUCUCAGGGAAGUGGAACAGAUGUUGUAACAUGAGGUACAGAUGCUGAUGCUAUUUUGCACAAUAUUAAAGAUGAGAAUAUAAUUUUGGAUUCACCUGAAGAGGAAUAACAUAUUUCUAUAUCAAACUUGAACACACCAUCCGCACCAAAGGAAAGGAAACCUGAUUCUACCGGUGUAGCAACUCUUUCUGAUAUAUGCAUGCAAGAAAGUGAAAGUAAGUUGCAAGGAAAUAAAAGGGUAUUGAUAGAAAAAGCACCUUUUACUGUUCAUGAGAUUAUUGAAAAGAUUCAGCAGAAGCAAACAUUGUCGUAUAAUAAAAAAAGAAAGGGAAAAUCUGUGGAUUCGUGCCCUAAUUUUAAUCUUUUGACUCAGUCAAGUCAAUCAAGUGAUAAUGCAGUGAAUCAUGCUACUACCAACAUCAGUGCUUCUAUUGAUCAUGACCCUGCUGAACACUCUGUUGCUGCUGAUAUAGAGAAAUAUGAUUAUGAUAGAAAGAUUAUUUUAUAUUCAAGUGUGGAUGAGGGAGUUGAUGUUUCUCCUCUUAAAAUUGUUAAGCUUGUUGCUCACUUGGAUGUUCAUUCUAAUCUGCAACCCACUUUGAAAUCUGAAAUAAAAAAAUAUAAAGGAGGUAGAAGUUGAAAAUAAAAAAUUAAAUUUUGGCUCCUAUAAAGGAAAAGAAGUUGCAGGAGGACAAGCACCACAAUUUGGACAAAGUGCAUAUGUAGUAGAAGAAUUGCUUGGUAGAGGAAAAAGAAUUCGUAAAUACUGCUGGCAUUAUCAGAAAGUAAUCAGAAAGGUGGAGGAAAAUUUUGAAACAUAUUUAAAAUAAAACAAGAGAAAAGGUCCUCUUCCAAAGUAAGUUUUGCUAUUUGUUUAUUGUAUUUUUAUAUGAUUUAGAUGUUAUUAAUAAAUCUUUUGUUAUUGUAUUUUUCA